CGGAGACGACUUCCGAAAUUUCAAUCAUCUGCUUACAUAACCAACUCGACAUUUUCCUCGAAAGCCUGCUUUAAGAGGUCAAUACGUGCGAUCAUGGGCAAAAAGAAUACUCUGAAUGCUCCGUCCUCCCGUGCGAACAGACCAAGACGUGGUGGACGCGCACAACGACAUAAAAGUGCGAGAACCUCCCAGCAAUCCCAGCCAUCGUCUAGCUUCCCCGAGGACUCUGCCAAGCCUUCAAGCAUUAUCGAAGAUGACAACUCAAAUCAUUCUUCAGGUGAAGAAGAUGAAUGCGAGUGAUUUAACAAGGUAGUCGAAUGGCCACUCAUGAGCGCACAGCUGGGCAACCGCACAUCGAUGUACCCGUGGCGAUGUGGGACUUCGACCAUUGUGAUCCACGCCGAUGCUCUGGGAAGAAACUUUCCCGCCUCGGUCUUAUAACGGAACUGAGGGUGGGAUCCAGAUUUCGAGGCGUGGUCGUAUCGUGCUCCAAAGGGGACCCUGUCGUGAGCCCAGCAGACAAGGAGAUCGUCGGACGAGACGGUGUCGCCGUUGUCGAAUGUUCUUGGGCCCGCAUAGACGACGUCCAUUCUCGAAAAUUGCCAGCCCACACGAACGGCUUCGUAAUCCCCUACUUGCUUGCUACUAACCCCACCAAUUACGGCAAGCCUUGGCGGCUGAACUGCGUCGAGGCACUUGCAGCAACUUUCUACAUUACAGGGUUCGAUCAGCAUGCGGAGACCUUGCUCAGUUCGUUUGGGUGGGGCGAUUCGUUCUGGAAAGUUAAUGGCCCAUACCUCAAACGAUACCAAACGUGCGCAUCGGCGGAAGAGAUUGCCGUGAUGCAGGAGACCAUUAUUGCAGAGCUCCAGGAGAGCUAUGAGGAAUCACGCAGAGAUAAAGAUGCAGCUAGGAGCACUGAGGAUCUUCUCGUGCGGAAUCCGAAUCAUGCCAUGCCCAGUGAUGAUGAUGGGUCAAGCUCUGCGUCAGAAAGCGACGUAGAAUGAUGUCACUGAAGGUAAAACAUUUAGUUUAAAUUACCCUACCACAGCGUCCUUUGGUCUGUACGCCAGUCCUAAAAAUCAUCGAGCAAUCUUAGGGAUGCAACAUGUUCUUAACCAAUCUCCUGAAGCCUCCAUGAAAGUUCCGCGUUGGAUGCUGUAGAUGGGAAAUGCAAAUAUGCUAACGCGAUACGAACAAAACUCGGUCUGUAAGCAUUGUUUAA